AUGGAGGAUGCGAGCCAUCUCCGACCGACGCCUGUCCUUUACGGAGAGCCGGCGAAUAUCUCCACCAACGACACCCACGCCAAUUUCACGUCGAGGGCGGAGGCGCGGCAGGCGAAUCUGGCUCUGCAGGUGGGGCUGGCCGUCACCUUGUCCCUGCUCACUUGCGCCACCACGCUGUCCAACGCCUUCGUCAUCGCGACCAUUUACCAGUCCAGGAAGCUGCACACUCCCGCCAACUUCCUGAUCGCCUCCCUCGCCGUCACGGACCUCCUGGUGUCCCUCCUGGUCAUGCCCGUCAGCGCGCUCUACACGGUGAGCCAGACGUGGACUCUGGGACAGGUGGUGUGCGACAUCUGGCUGUCGUCGGACAUUACGUGCUGCACCGCGUCCAUCCUCCACCUGUGCGUAAUUGCGCUGGACCGCUACUGGGCCAUCACGGACGCGGUGGAGUACUCCAAGAAGCGCACGCCGGCGCGCGCCGCCGCCAUGAUCGCCACCGCCUGGGUCAUCGCCAUCUCCAUCUCCCUGCCGCCCUUCUUCUGGCGCCAGGUGAAGGCCGAGGAGGUGACCCGCUGCAACGUCAACACCGACCACAUCUUCUACACCGUCUACUCCACGUUCGGCGCCUUCUACAUCCCCACGCUGCUGCUGCUCGCCCUCUACGGCAGGAUAUACGCCGAGGCCCGGAAGCGCAUCCUCAAGCAGGCGUCCAGGAAGCCGGGGGAAGAGACUCACGUCGGCCGGCUCAUCACGAACUCGCCCGGUUCGGUGGCGUCCAACACGUCGCUCAACUACGGGACGACGAACGACGCCUCCUCGUGCGACGCCAUCUCCUCCUCCGCCAACGCGAGCCAGGUGAAGGUGACGGUGUCCGACGCGCUGCUGGAGAAGAAGCGCAUCUCCGCCGCCAGGGAGCGGAAGGCCACCAAGACCCUGGGGAUCAUCCUCGGAGCCUACAUCGUGUGCUGGCUGCCGUUUUUCAUCUACACCCUGCUGGUGCCUGUCUGCGAGUCCUGCUUCCACCCGGAGCUAUUUGACAUGUUCACGUGGCUGGGCUACCUCAACUCCUUAAUCAACCCCAUCAUUUACACCAUGUCCAACGAGGACUUCAAGCAGGCGUUCCACAAGCUGCUGUGCUUCCGAUGCUGCAGCAGCUCCUAA